AUGAAGCCCUCUCCCUCUACAUUACCUUCAUCGGGGGAGAACGUCGCCGCCGCGCAGGAGGAAUGGUCUUCCGCCGGGGAACCCUUGGAGCUGCUGACCCAGCUCCGGAAGCUCACGUUCUGCAUCAUAAUGUUCAUCUUCCUCAGCUCCGAGUGCGAGGACAUUAUGGAAACCCUAGAGAGACAGUACACCACGGUCAACCAUGGAGUCAGAGCCAUGGCUAUUAACCUUCCCGGUUUUGCUUACUACAGAGCCCUCAAGGCGCGUAAGAAAGUGGUGGAUGUGCUGCAAAUGGUCCUAUAUGAGCGCAGAAGCAGAAUCAAACAGGAGGAUGGGAGUGGGAAGCAGCUAUUGGGAAAGAGUAAGAAGGUGGACAUGAUGGACGAAUUGAUGGGCGUGGAAGAUGAGAAUGGGCGGAAGCUUAGAGAUGAGGAGAUCAUAGAUGUUCUGUUUAUGUACCUAAAUGUUGGCCAUGAAUCCUCUACUCAUGUCACCAUGUGGGCAAUGGUGUUACUCCAUCAGCACCCUGAUUUCUUCGCAAAGCCAGGGUAUGCAGACACCUAUUUAUAUGUAUUUAGUUUACAUUUUGGUAUCCAGAUUCUACUACUCUUUGCUUAUACAGCAGGCUACAUGCUUGAUCAGGAGGAGUCAGAGGAAAUCGUAAAGCGAAAGCCAAUAAAUCAAAAGGGCGUGUUGACCCUCAAGGAAAUACGCCAAAUGGAUUACCUAUCUAAGGUUGCUUCCUUUUUUUAG